GGAGACGGAGACUUCUAUAUAAUUGAGUUUGUCGAGACAUUCCAAUGAGCUUCACCGCAACUAGUGGUCUCCUUAACACAGCUACCAGAGCCACACUCUCUUCCCUCUUCUUUCCCAAAUCUCAUCUUCUUCGUCUUUUCUCUUCUUCUUAUUCAACCUUUGCGUCUCGUCGUCCUCUCUCACUAGCAAAGCCUUUCCCUUCUCUCCUUCCGGCGAGGUCAUCUCCGUCUUUACGCAUCUCCACCAUGGCCGACGCCCCCGAUGCCGGCAUGGACGCCGUCCAGCGACGCCUCAUGUUCGAGGACGAAUGUAUUCUGGUGGAUGAGAAUGAUCGUGUUGUUGGACAUGACACAAAGUACAAUUGUCACUUGAUGGAAAAGAUUGAAGCUGAAAAUCUGCUUCACAGAGCUUUCAGUGUCUUUCUAUUCAACUCCAAGAACGAGUUGCUUCUUCAGCAACGUUCUGCGACAAAGGUAACAUUCCCUCUUGUGUGGACAAACACCUGUUGCAGCCAUCCACUAUACCGUGAAUCUGAGCUUAUUGAUGAGGAGUGCCUUGGAGUAAGAAAUGCUGCUCAAAGGAAGCUUUUGGAUGAACUUGGUAUCCCUGCUGAAGAUGUGCCUGUUGAUCAGUUUAUUCCUUUGGGCCGCAUGUUGUACAAGGCACCUUCCGACGGAAAGUGGGGAGAACAUGAACUUGAUUACCUGCUCUUCACUGUGCGAGAUGUGAGCGUGCAUCCCAACCCUGAUGAAGUUGCGGACAUCAAGUACGUAAACCAAGAGGAGUUGAAGGAGCUGCUGAGGAAGGCAGAUGCCGGAGAGGAAGGUCUGAAGCUGUCCCCCUGGUUCAGGCUAGUUGUGGACAAUUUCCUCUUCAAGUGGUGGGAUCAUGUAGAGAAACGCACCAUCAAGGAAGCUGCGGACAUGAAAACCAUCCACAGGUUGACUUGAAUCAGAUCAAUUCAAGUCUAUGGAACUGGGAAAAUUUGAUUAUGGUGUUGCUAUUUAUCAUUGCUAGUGGCUUUGGCAUUUAUUCCAAUAAAUUUGGACUCAAAGCGUCCUGAGAAAAAGAAAACAAAGCAAGUAUAGGCAGGCAUUUUGUUGUUGCCGGUGUUUGUUGGGUCUGUUGUUCAACAUAAAAAGGUGUCUGUAAUGUAGAACUCAACUGUGAUGAAUCAAUAAAGGUCUUCAUUUUGUAGAAACCUGCAGAUUCAUUUCCUCUGUAGCUGA